AAGAGUUAAAUUUAAAAAAUUGAAACCCAAAGAAUGUGUGAUUAACAAUUCCUGGAGCCCUGGACAGGAAUCCAUAACAUGAUUCGACCCCAAAAUAGCAAGAAUCAGAAUUUGAGGAACCCUCGUCUCAUCGAAGCAAAAAUUCUUCAACACAGAGAAAAUGAAAAAGUGAGAUUCUAUUCUACCAUUCUUUGUAUCCUCUGACGUUCUCUGUUCUCCCCUCACCGUACUCUCCCGCGGAGGAUCCACCGUACGCCGGAGAAUACCACCGCACACCAUAUCCCUCUCUCUCACGAUGAACGAUUUCGAUGGUCUCUUAGCCACCGAUUUCGGGUUCAAACCCCAAGGCAAAUCAGCGCCAAUGGCUGCUUCCAAAGUCUCCUCCAACAACAAAACUUCUUCUCUCAACUUCGAUUUAGGUUCCCGAUCCACUCGCACCUCCAAUUCUUCCGUCAACGCCGCCGCCGCCGCCGCCUCCUUUGACGAUCUCUUCGGCGACUCCUCCGUCUUUCGGGCCUCCGCCGAUUUCCGUUCCAAGUCCGUCAACGUGCCGGUGCACGACGGGCCGGUCUUUGACAAACCAGUCUACGACGAUGACGAUGACAUUUUUGACGGCGUUCCCGGCCUCAAGAGCUCCUCCAAGGUCUCCUAUGACGACGUUUUCGCUCCGGGAGGGAGCGCCGCCGCCGCCGCCGCGUUCGACGAUCUUCUCGGCAGGUUAGGCAAAUCGGAGAAGGUCGAGAAAGGUGCCGCGGAUUUUGAUGACUUGAUCCCUGGAUUCCGGAGCAGUAAGGCCUCCACUGAUGGGACCAUUCCUGAUAUUAAUUUGUCACCAGAACCUACUAUCGAUGCUUCUAAGACAGCCUCUAGUACAACAGACGACCCUUUCAAAGUCUUUGAAUCAACUUCAGCCCCAGUGGAUUCAUCCUCAGACUACUUUACAGACCCACUGGAAGAAAUUAGUAAAUUUACUAGUUCUAGAAGCACAAAAAAUGAUAGGUCAUCAAAUUCUAAUGGUGAAGUAUAUGAUGAUAUUGAUCCCUUUGGUGGACUUGGAAAUUCUGUACCUGCAUUCUCAGCAGAGAGAAAUAGCAUGAAGGGUAGCAGCUCUCCAACGCCAAGGUCAAAUACAAGUUCAAGCUGGACCAGAGAUAAAGAAUCAAAUGACAUAUCGUCUGUGAGGAGUCCUGACAGAAAGACACCAAACAAGAUUCUUGUUGAUCAUGAUCAGGAAUUUCAUCAGGCUGCAUUUGACAUGCCUACAUAUUCAUCUGAUUCUUACAAACCAGUUGGCCAAAGGUCUACUUUCCCUUCAUAUGAUAACAACGGUUUUAAACAGGCUAAUACUCUGGAAGAUAUGUCUCCAAAAUAUGAAGAAAAGUUGGAAUCAAAUGAUGAUAUAUGGUUGAUGGUAUCAGAGAUUCCUCUUUUCACUCAGCCAACUGCUGCUCCACCACCUUCAAGACCACCUCCUCCUCGACCAGUACAUAUCCUCAAGUCAGGAGCAGGUUCAUCAGCUUCUGCCAAUGUCAGAAAGAAGGAUAAUGAUUUUUCUUAUUUUCCAAGUUCCACUCAAUUUUCUCAGGGUCCUAAAUCUGCUCCUGCUGCAGCCAAGUUUUCUUCUGCAUCUCAGUUUGAUGAACUUGAAGAUUUUGCCAUGGGAAAGAGUCGUGAUAAUGACGAUGAAGGUGUAAAUGGUCUUGCCGACAAAGAAUUAGAGAUGAACUCAGCUGCUGCAGCUAUGAAAGAGGCUAUGGAUAGAGCUGAAGCUAAAUUUAGGCAUGCAAAGGGGGUUAGGGAGAGAGAGAAUACGAAAGUGGCUAAAAGCAAGGAACCUGUCCAAUUGGAUAAAGAUGGUAAAGUGGUGUCAGAGGACAGAGGAAAACAGGAAAGGUUAGACCAUGAAUGGCAGCAAAAGGAGAGAGAGGAAAAGGAGCAAAGAAGAUGUGAGAAGGAAAGGGAGGAGAAAGAAAGAGAACAACAGAGACUUGAGAGAGAAAGAGAAAGGGCAAGACAGGCUGUGGAAAGAGCUACUAGAGAAGCUCGUGAGAGAGCAGCUGCUGAAGCUCGCCAAAGAGCUGAGAGGGCUGCUGUUGAGAAAGCUAAUGCAGAAGCUAGAAAGCGUGCUGAAAGGACCGCAGUUCAGAGGGCACAAGCUGAAGCCCGUGAAAGGGCUGCUGCAGAGGCAAAGGAAAGGGCCGAAAAGGCUGCUGCAGAGGCAAAGGAAAGAGAAGUGCGGGAAAGAGCUGCAGCUGCAAGAGCUGAACCUGAAGCAAGAGUUAAAGCUGAACGUGCUGCUGUAGAAAGGGCUGCUGCAGAGGCCCGAGAAAGAGCUGUAGCACAGGCCCGAGAAAGAGCUGCAGCUGCUGCAAGGAUGAGCCAACAACAGAAUGACAAUGAUCUUGAAUCGUUCUUCAGCACAGAUGCACGAGCUAACAGUGCUCCAAGGCCUCCUAGGCCCAGCUCUUCAGACUCUGUAUUUGAUGCCCAAUUUCAGUCAGAUGUAACCCGGAAAUCUACAGGCGUGUCUUCAAGCAUGAAGAAAGCAUCAUCAUCCACUAAUAUUGUUGAUGAUCUUUCCUCAAUUUUUGGAGCCGCUCCAUCAUCAUCUGGAGAGUUUCAGGAGAUUGAAGGGGAAACUGAAGAAAGACGAAGAGCCAGGUUGGAACGCCACCAGAGGACUCAGGAGCGUGCGGCUAAAGCACUGGCUGAGAAGAAUCAACGGGACCUACAAACUCAAAGAGACCAAGCUGAGAGACAUAGGGUUGCUGAAACAUUAGAUUUUGAAAUUAAGCGCUGGGCUGCUGGAAAAGUGGGGAACUUGCGUGCUUUGCUUUCCACUUUACAAUAUGUUCUGUGGCCUGAAUGUGGUUGGCAGCCAGUUUCUUUGACUGAUUUGAUUACAGCUGCUGCUGUUAGAAAGGUUUAUAGGAAAGCUACAUUGUGCACUCAUCCUGAUAAAGUACAACAGAAGGGUGCCACUAUUCAACAGAAAUAUAUUGCUGAGAAGGUUUUUGAUCUACUCAAGGAAGCAUGGAAUAAGUUCAAUUCAGAGGAGCUUUUCUAAUCUAAAAGAUGAAUUUAACUACUUAAAGUCAGUUUUGCUUUCAGCUGCCUCCUCCACUGCAUAUUUGUUUCUAUUGCAUCAAUGAUAGAAAAUCCACAUAGAAAAUCAAUUUCUUGUGUGGCAUCAGGAUGUCAGGAUGCCCAAAGGUUACACCGGAGAGUAAUUUGUAAUCGAUGUUGUUUCUGGGGGGUGGGGGGGGGGGGGGGGUGUCGGUGUCAGGUUUACUGAUGCUUAAUGAAUGCAAUAUGUUUUGUUGUAAAAUAUCUUUUUGUUGACAUCUGUCAAUUCAAUUCAUUAUUUCUGUCGAGUGAGAGCUCCUGAGCAGUCUGUUUUUUGGUUUUGUUUAUUCAUUUUUAUUACUUGUGAUAUAGUGUAAGUCUCCUGAAUAUAUAUUAUUCCAUAUUGUUGAUUGACAUCAAAAUGUGGGACGUUCCACAGACCUUCGCACAAGCUUCUGUAUUUUGUAAUAGCUAUUUUGAUUUUGAUUUCAAACACUAAAUUUAAAAUCA